CCAUUCGUGUCUGCCAGCACAGCCGGUGCUUGAAAGCUAGACAAUCAUAUGGAUGCGGCGAGAUAAUGUAUAGAUAACUUCUGGCACUUGAACUCACAAACCGAGCGACCGUGCCGGAAAAUGGACUCGCUGCCAUACGUUGAUACGCUUUUCAAGGAGUACCUGCUGUUUCGGGGCUUCACGAACACGCUUCAGGCCUUCAGCGCUGAGCUGGCUGCGGACCGCUGCUUCGGCUUCCAGGCCGAGGCGGUGUGUGAGCUGGUGUUUGGCACGCUGCUGCCGCAGUGCCGCACCGGGCAGCUGUGGGAGCUGCUGCAGCUGCUGGCAGACAGGCUGUACAGCCGGCUGGACGCGCGGUUCGAGGGCUGUGUGGAGCGGCUGGAGGGGGCGCUGGUGAAGGCGGCACUGGUGGGCUGCGUGCGGGCGGGCCGGCAGGACAAGGUGGCGGAGUUCUUCCGGCAGCACGGCGACUCGCUGCUCAGCGGGCCCGAGGCCGGCGUGUGGCGGCAGUGGGCGGCGCUGGCGUUUGUGCCCACGCCGCGCAAGGACCCCGCCUUCCAGGCCUACUUCUCUGACGACUGGCUGCGGCUGCUGGAGUCCUCCUUCCGCAACUUCCUGUCGCAGGCGCUGGCCGCGCUGCCGCUGCCCGCCGUGCUGCGCUUCAACGCCGACCGGCGGCAGCGCCUGGCGCUGGCGCAGCAGGUGGACUCCCUGCAGAAGCAGCUGGAGGCGCAGCAGCAGCAGCUGGCGGCGGCGGAGGACAGGGCAAGGGCGGCGGAGGCCAGGGCGGCGGAGGCGGAGGCAGCAGCAGGCUCGGCGGCACAUGCGUGUCAGGCGCAGCAGGAGUUGUCCACGCACCAGCAGCAGCAGCAGGAGCCGACUGCAGCGCUGGACACAUUGGCGGAUUCCGCCGCCACCACCGCCGCCGCCGCCGCCGCCGCCGCCCCCGGUGGUGGUGGUGGUGGCGGGGCCAGCGGUGGAGGGGCCCACGGCGGCGGCAGUAGCAGCGGCAGCACGGCGACCGCAGCCCCGCGAGCGGCGGCAGUAGCAGCAGUGCCUCCGCCCGCGCCCUUCAGCAGUCCGGGGUCUGACACCGCAGCAGCAGGAGCAGCAGGGCGGAAGGGAGGAGAGGGGGCAGGGGCAGGGGCCGGCGCGGCCGCUCACGGCGCCAGCAGCAGCAGCAGCGCCAGCAGCAGCAGCAGCACCAGCAGCAGCGCCGGAGCUGUGGCCGCUGCCACGGCGGACGCCAAACCGGCGGCGGUGGCAAGCGGCGCCGAAGACGCGGCUGCUGACGGCGGCAAAGGCGGGGGCGAUGGCGGCGCCAAUGGCCGCACGGGCGCAGACACGGGCGUGUCCGGGGCCGGGGCUGGUUCCGGGUCUGGUGGCGUGUCGCGGUCGGGCAGCGGCGGCAGCGGCGGCAGCGCCGGGAGCAGCGGGGGCGGCGGGAGUGGCGGCAGCGGGGGCGGCGGGGCCGGGAGCGGCGGGGCCGGGGGCCCGGGGGGCCACCACCACGGCCGCACGCUGAGUCUUGAGGCCUGGCAUCACAUCCAUGCCGACGAGCUGAUGCAGCCUCCCUCACCGCCCCGCGGCGGCCCUGCUGCCGCCAGCGCCGGCACAGCCUUCGACGGCUUCACCGGGCGGGGAGGCGGCGCCGGAGCAGCAGCGGGAGGCGGCUCAGGCAGCGAGGGCGAGGGCGCAGCGGCCGGCGGGACAGCGCUGGCGGCAGCGGCCGGCGCAGCCGCAGCCGCAGCCGCAGCCGCAGCCGCAGCCGCCGGGGCACGCGCGCCCUCAAGAGGGGGCGCCUGCGGCGGCGCGGGCGUGGCCCCGGCCCUGCCGGCGGUGGCGGAAGAGGGGCAGCGGCCCGGCAAGGGGUCUGCGGCUGCGGGUGUAGCGGGUGCGGGUGCGGGUGGGCGUGAUGGCCGGCGGGAGGAGGUGCAGGCGGACGAUGAUGAGGAGGAGGAGGAGGAGGACUUGGACCCGGCGGAGAUGCUGGUGGGGGGCCCCGCAGCCGACUCGGACGGCGGAGACAACGGGUCCGGGUCCGAGGAGGGGGAGCGCGGUGAGCAGGAGCAGGAGGAGGAGGGUGGGGAGGGCGAGGCGGCAGAGCUAGCCGGCGGUGGCAGGCCGCCGCUGCUUGGAUCCUCGGUCCACAGCGGCUCACACGGAUCCGGAUCUGGAUCUGGAUCUGGAUCCGGGCUGGCGGCUGCUACCAAUGGCGGCGGCGGCCGCUCUGGCUCCGGCACCGGAUCCCGAAGCCGUUCGCGCCCGCUGGAGCCGCCCUCAGCCUCCUCCUCCACCGUCGCCGCCGGCGGCGGCCCCGCCUCCUCCUCCUCCUCCUCUUCCGCGUCUCAGUCCGGACCCCGGGCCGGCCCCGCCUGGGCCGCGGUGGGCGCCGGCCGCUGGCACGGCACCUCCUGCCCCUUCGCCGCCGCGCCGGGUGUGCUGCACGGCCGCGGCGCCGCCGUGCUGGCCGCGCAGUUCAGCCCCGGCGGCGGCCUCAACGCCGCCACCGGCGCUGCCGACGGCUCCGUGGCCAUCUGGACCGCGGGUGGAGCAGCAGGAGGAGGUGGCGGCGGGGGAGGGGGCGGGGCAGGCGGCGGGCAGGUGGUGGCGGCGGCGGUGGCGCGGGAGGCGCGUCUGAGCUGCGGCGCGGCGGUGACGUGUGUGGCGUGGGACGCGCGCGCGGACAAGGUGAUGUUGGUGGGCACGGGCGGGCGCGGCAUACGUGCCUGGCACGCAGACACGCGCCGUGUCAGCGCCGAGCUCCCCCCCGACCCCGCCGCUCCCUGGGUCUGCGGCCUGGCCUGCAGCCGCAGGGACCCCGUGUUCGUGGUGGCGGCCGCCAGCGGCCCGCCCCUCACCCACCUGCUACAGCCGUCGCAGCGCGGCGGCGGGGCGCCCGGAGUGGCUGUAGCAGGAGGGGCGGGGUCCGGGGCGGUGGCUGUAGCAGGGGCGGCCGCGGUGCCGGCCGGCGGCGCUGCCGCCGGCCGGCUCGGCGGCGGCGCUACAGCCGCUGGUGCCGCUACUGCCGCUGCUGGUGCGGCCGCUGCUACAGCCGCUGGUGUGAGCGGGCGGCUGUCGCUGUGGAACAUGCGCGCCUUCAAACGCGUCAGCAGCUACAGCGUGCCGCAGGACUCCCCGGUGCUGAGCCUGGCCUUCAACGCCGCCGGCUCCUGGUUCGCCGCCGCCACCCGCUGCGGCGCCGUACACCUGUACGACGCCGGCAGCAGCGCCGCCGGCUCGCGGCCGCAGCCGCUGUCCUCGUUCCGGGCCAACGCGCCGCCGCCCGGCUCCGCCGCGCCCGCCGCCGCCGCGCCCGCCGCAGUGCAGGUGUACGACACCUCUGUGGAGACGGUGCUGGUGAGCUGCUGCGGCGGCACCGUGCGCCUGUGGAGCCUGCGCCGCCUAGCCGAGCCGCUGCUGUCCGUGCCGCUGCUGCCCUACCUGCCCUACGGCGGCGCGGCCGGCGGCGGCUGGUCGCCGGGCUGGGCGCCGGCGCUGGCGCUGAGCCCGCGCGGCGGCGCGGCGGCUGUGGUGCUGGGCGGCGGCGGGCCGGCGGUGUACGUGGUGGACCUGGCGCUGCAGGGUGGCGGCGGCUCCACGUCGGACGACGGCAGCGGCAGUAGCAACUGGCUGUCGGGCGUGUUUGGCUCGCCCACCGCCACCUCCUCCGGCCCCGGCUCCCUGGGUGCUACAGCCGCCGCAGCCGCCACGGCUGCAGCCGGCCGCGUGUCCAUCAUCCUGCCGUACACAGGCGUGUACGGACUGGCAGGCGGCGGCAGUAGCAGCGGCAUUGGCACGGCGGGCGGCGGCGGUGGCGGCAGUAGCAGCGGCCUGCUGGGUGAGGAGCUGUCGCUUGGGUCGGGGGCCUGGCAACCGUAUGACGACAUGGGGUACGGCAACAGCAGCUACGGCGGCGAUCUGGCGGGCGAGUACGGCAGAAGCGCCGCGGGUACGGCAGAUGUACCGCCGCAUGUGGCAGUGCCGUACGGCAGCAGCUGCUGCUGGCACCCGUCUCGGGACCUGGUGGUGGUGGGCUACAGCGACGGCUGCGUGCAGGCCGUGGGGCUGGGCCGGCAGCAGGCGGCGGCGGCGGACAGGGAGCGGGACCGGUAGCAGUGCAGGUGGCGGGGAGUGUGAUCAAGGCGGGGCGGGCGUGCCUGGGUGAAUUCGGAUGAAACGGAGAGACUGCGCAGGCGGGCGGCGGAAACCAGGUGGAGUGAGGGGCCAGGACAGGACAGGAUAGACCAGAACAGGUGCAGGACCUAAGUCCUAUGGCCUUCCGGGUCCGCAGCCCCGCGGGUCUGGGACCGCGAAGUGGUGUAACGGCCGGUCGAG